UCGAUCGGAUGUCGUCGAUCCUGACCGGAUGGUGUUUGUGUAGAGGAAGUUUUGUUUUGCGAGUUUUCCGUCCGUUUCGACUGACUGGGUAUCCAGUUAAUGUGCUCAAAAACAACACGAAAUGAUAUCGGCGUGAAUUGCAUCGGCGGUAACCACGCAGGUGUUCAAAGAGAGGACGGAAAGCGGAGCUGUGUGAAGCGGCGGGACUCGACACUUCAGAGUAACCCGAGAGCACCUUGCUGCUAAGCUAACAGUACCUAUAUAGUUAGCCUCUGGUCUUCGCUGUGUUUGAAGCGGCUCUCUUGAGCUUGACGAAGCCAUGGGGAACCGGGGCAUGGAAGACCUGAUUCCCCUGAUCAACAAGCUUCAGGACGCGUUCAGCUCCAUCGGCCAGAGUUGCAAUUUGGAUCUUCCUCAGAUUGCUGUGGUCGGCGGACAGAGCGCAGGAAAGAGCUCAGUCUUGGAGAAUUUUGUUGGCAGGGACUUUCUUCCACGUGGAUCAGGCAUUGUCACCCGCAGACCUCUUAUUUUGCAGCUGGUCAACAAUAUAGCAGAAUAUGCUGAAUUCCUGCACUGCAAAGGGAAGAAGUUUGUGGAUUUUGAUGAAGUGCGGUCGGAAAUUGAGGCAGAGACCGACAGGAUAACAGGCUCCAACAAAGGCAUCUCCCCCAUCCCAAUAAACCUGAGGGUCUACUCCCCACACGUGCUGAACCUGACACUGAUCGACCUUCCGGGAAUGACUAAGGUUGCCGUUGGAGACCAGCCUAUAGACAUUGAGCACCAGAUCAGGGACAUGCUGAUGCAGUUCAUCACCAAGGAGAGCUGUCUGAUCCUGGCCGUCACCCCUGCCAACACUGAUCUGGCUAACUCUGACGCUCUGAAGAUCGCCAAGGAGGUGGACCCACAGGGUAUGCGCACUAUUGGUGUUAUAACAAAACUGGACCUGAUGGAUGAAGGGACCGAUGCAAAGGACAUCCUUGAAAAUAAACUGUUGCCACUGCGUAGAGGCUACAUUGGUGUGGUGAACCGCAGCCAGAAAGACAUUGAUGGGAAGAAGGACAUUCGUGCUGCUCUGGCCGCAGAGAGGAAGUUCUUCCUCUCCCACCCUGCCUACAGACAUAUAGCAGAGCGUAUGGGCACACCACAUCUACAAAAGACACUCAAUCAGCAAUUGACCAACCACAUCAGGGAUACCCUUCCUGGUCUGCGCAGUAAGCUGCAGAGUCAGCUCCUCUCCCUGGAGAAGGAGGUGGAGGAGUACAAGAACUUCCGUCCAGAUGAUCCAACACGCAAGACCAAGGCUUUGUUGCAGAUGGUGCAGCAGUUCGGUGUGGACUUUGAGAAGUGCAUUGAGGGCUCUGGGGACCAGGUGGACACCAAUGAGCUGUCAGGUGGCGCCAAGAUAAACCGCAUCUUCCAUGAACGCUUCCCCUUCGAACUGGUCAAGAUUGUGUUUGACGAGAAGGAGUUAAGGCGAGAAAUCAGUCACGCAAUCAAGAACGUCCACGGUGUCAGAACGGGGCUCUUCACCCCUGACCUGGCUUUCGAGGCGAUUGUCAAAAAGCAGAUCCUCAAACUCAAAGAGCCCAGCCUCAAGUGUGUGGACCUUGUGGUGUCUGAGCUCACCGCGCUCGUCAUGAAGUGUGCUGUUAAGCUCAAUUCUUACCCCAGGCUGAGAGAGGAGACCGAGAGGAUCGUCACCACCCACGUCAGAGAAAGAGAAGGAAAGACCAAGGACCAGGUUCUGCUGCUGAUUGACAUUGAGCUGUCCUACAUCAACACCAACCACGAGGACUUCAUUGGCUUUGCUAAUGCCCAGCAGAGGAACACUGCUGCAAACAAGAAGAGAGCCAUACCCAACCAGGGUGAGAUUCUGGUGAUCAGGAAAGGCUGGCUAACCAUCAACAUCAGCAUCAUGAAGGGAGGCUCCAAGGAGUACUGGUUUGUCCUGACCGCUGAGUCCCUGUCCUGGUACAAAGAUGAGGAGGAGAAAGAGAAAAAGUAUAUGCUGCCGCUGGAUAACCUGAAGCUCAGAGAUGUGGAGAAAGGUUUCAUGUCCACAAAACACAUCUUCGCAAUCUUCAACACCGAACAGAGGAACGUCUACAAGGAUCUCCGCCAAGUAGAACUGGCCUGUGAUUCUCAAGAGGAUGUGGACAGCUGGAAGGCAUCCUUCCUCAGGGCAGGAGUUUAUCCGGAAAAGGACCAGACGGAGAAUGAAGAGGCUGCCCCUCCAGACACAUUCUCUAUGGACCCUCAGUUGGAGCGGCAGGUUGAAACCAUCCGCAACCUGGUGGAUUCAUACAUAGGCAUCAUCAACAAAUCCAUCAGAGACCUCAUGCCCAAAACCAUAAUGCAUCUCAUGAUUAACAAUGCAAAGGAUUUCAUCCACUCGGAGCUGCUGGCUUACCUCUACUCAUCUGGGGACCAGAACAGCCUCAUGGAGGAGUCAGCUGACCAGGCCCAGCGUAGAGACGAAAUGUUACGCAUGUAUCAUGCACUCAAGGAGGCACUGCAAAUUAUUGGUGACAUCAGCGUCAACACUGUCUCCACACCAGUACCCCCGCCUGUAAAUGACAACUGGAUGCAAGACGCCAGCCCAACCCCUCAGCGCAGGCCGCCUCCUGCAGCAGCCCCGCCCCCAAGCCGUCCACCUGCUGUUCGGGGCCCAACACCAGGACCACCGAUGAAUCCUUCUCCUGCCUUUGGAGCUCCACUCAACCCCUCCCCUGCCUUUGGUGCGCCACCAAUCCCUUCUCGCCCAGGCCCACCCAUCAACGCCUACAACAGCAACCUGGAUCCCUUCAGUGCACCCCCACAGAUCCCCUCCAGGCCAGCCCGUGUCCCACCUGGUGUACCGAGCCGAAGACCCCCUGGUGCUCCUUCUCAUCGGCCCACCAUUAUCCGCCCUGCUGAGCCCUCCCUGCUAGACUAGACCUGUGGCCAAGCCCACCUAAGUGUGUGUGUUUGUGUGUCGGUGUGUGUACCUGCACACUAAAGGCCAAGGGCAGGGGGCUCAAGGGGAGGGGCUGAUUGAUAAUGAUGCAUAAUGUGCAUCUUCCAGCCGUAUUAAUCUGUCUCUUCAAGCAAUGGAAGAAGCUGCUAAUACCGUCUUUAUCAGUGUACCUGAACAAGAAAGCCCAUAACCACUUAAUUAUUACCUAUGACUGCUGUGGAAGUUGUCUUCUACAAAGUAAUACCCGGCUAGUCUAUAGGAUGCAUUUAAUUUCUAUCAAUAGGAGAUGAUGUAUCAAAUUCAGUUCAAGAGCUUUUUUUAUUGUAAUAACUGGUUUAUUUCCUCUGACAAGGUUCCUGGCAAAAGCUCAUUAAAUAAUUUAUUAACCGUUACAGGCUGGCUUUUCCUCUCCCCUCCCUCUCCCUUUUUUAGAUUGGCCCAGACCCCUCAAUUCUUGAUCUUGAUGUAAUAUACACACUUAACCUGUUGUUAAUGUUUUACUGGAGUUUCAUUUUCUAACUGAUUUCAUACUGAAAAACAAUAGGUUAUUAUCACUGUUGUUGUUGUUUUGGUGAUGUCGAUUACAUUAUUUUCCUUGUGUUAUUUUAUUUGAGUGACUUUGUCCUUUUUAAUGACUGUCAUAAAUGUAGCUUUAAAAAUGACAUCCUAAUCACGGAGAAAAGAAAAGAAAAAAGAAAGCAUAAAAAGACACAGGGCAGGGCUGCGUGAGACAGAGAGCAGCUACAGCCCGUGUCCUCCCCGCCUCUGUGAAUGAUGCUUCCACAAUGAAAAGAUGUCAGCAAAAUUGACCAUUUAUAAUCCAAGCACUUCUAACCAUCUAGCCUUACAACAAGUCACUCAUAACGAGGAUGUUGUAGUCUGUUACCAGAACACUAUGCACAAAAACCUGGGAGAGGGAGAGAGACAGACUGGAUUUUGCUGGACGCAUUCUCUCCACUAAUUCGAAGUUGUUAAAGCCUUGAAUUUUUAUCCCUUUUGUCUCAGUUGAACCCCAAUGAGACUUUCAGCCUUCGGGUAGACUUUGUUCAUUCCUGGAUUAGCUGAUUCGUAUAAAGCAGAGCACACAGUACAGUUUCCUCUCAGAGAGGAUAAAACUCAGUGAAGCGGUAGGGUGUGUAGACAAGGACGUAUCUGUGAUUUAGAGUAUAAAGAUGGUAUUGAGCAUUUAGGAGUUGGCACAUCUCUUUCUGGACUUAGUUGUCAAGGACAUUUAUUAUUGCUACUAGUUCUGCUUCCAAGCAUUAAAAUAUCAUUGUAUAUAGCUGGCCAAUACAGGGGAGUUAGCAGUUGUAUCACAUUUAAUCACAGGGUUGAUAACAUAACAUGCUAUUGAUUAUAAUCAAAGCCCAACUUCAUCAUAUUAGAGGAAGCACUAACACUGUCAUUUCUUAGAUUAGCCUUGGGUUUAGGGGGAAAAGAGAUUGGUCAUCUCCAGAUGCAUUAUUUAUAACCUGGGCAUUUGUCAUUUCAUUUGAUGUUUUUGGUUGCAAUUGUGUCAGCGCUGUACAACUCAGCUCCCCGGCUUCUUCUGGACUGUUAUUCGGGGUGCAACAGAGAUUAGUCGUCUAAAUGUGGUGUGUGUUGGGAGGGCAUUUGGGGCUGGACAUUGUCUACACAUCUGUGAUUAUUUGAAUAUCUUUGAUUGCAUUUUGAGAGCAUAGACCAUUUUAAAAACCAACUUUUCUUGUAAAUGUGUAGAAGAAAAUGGUCAAGCGGGAAGUGACGUUGGGCUACUAGGAUGUUUUCUGAAUUUGGUUUGAUCAGUAGUGGUGGUGAGCAGGUGGUGGGGAUUGUGGUGUAUCAAAGCGCACUGUCUAGAGAAGCUGUCUAGACUAUGCUCUGUUCUCAGAAUGGAGGAUAGACACUUAAUUAGCCAACCUGACAAGACAAAGAAACUAAAGAAUUCAAAACUGUCCCAAACCACAGACUCUAGAGACAGUGUGUCUUUUCUUCCCCUGUAAUUCUCUACAGGUCUGGCUUUCAGUGACAGUGUCAAAAGAAGUAAAAAGCUUAUAAACCUGCCCAGGAUCUUGAGAUUAAAGACUAUUCAUAUUAGAUAUCCCACAAAUCCCUGGUUUGCAAAAGUUAGUUCAUGUGAAAACAAAAAAACAACAACUUCUUAUUCUUAAUUCCCUCAUGCCUGUCACUUAAGCCUACCCUUGAGAAGCCCAGACUGUACAUGACCUGUAAUACAUUAGACUGUGGCAAUACUGCCUUUCUGCCUGAUGGAUGUACCCUGCCUUCUUCCUCUUUCCCUCCCCUUUCUGAAUCUGGUGGAAGGGGUCGGAAACCAACCUCUUUUCUUUUGUUUUGCAAACCCUUGUCAAGUGCCUCUGUAGCAAUUAAUUGAUUUGAAUAAACAUGAACUGAUUUAGAAUGGAGUAAAUAAAGAGGUGUUGUGUACAAUAAAAGGGACUGGCUCUGGUG